GAGAUGUACCACAUCCUGUCUUCUGGUUUAUCUGAUUCACACACACCAUCCAGCCCAUUGUGUAGACGGCUUUAACGGGUAAUUAACAUCCUGAUAUGGCACUUAGAUAUAUUUGUAUUUGGAUAACAACUGUUUUGGGUCCUGUGGAAUGUUUUAACAUUUACACCAAACCCCAACACACUCUCCGAAGAGAUGAACGCACAUUGUAUGGACAAACAGUCCUUCAGUACAAUGAUGGGAUUUUGGUUACAGCUCCAUUGGACACCAGUGACAGAAAGCAGUAUGGAAAGCUGUACCAGUGUGAUUUGAAAUCAGACACCUGUAACAACGUGAAGCUUGGAGAAAGCGUGAAGGACUAUAUUCGACCAAUCCUAUCAGCAGCUAAGAGUUCGGAGGGAUUGAAGUUCCUGAUUUGUCAGCAGUACAGAACACAUAAAGGAAUAAACGAGGAUUUGAAUGGAGUCUGCUCUUCUUUCCUGUCCACUAACUUUGAAAAACCUCAAACAUUUGCUCCUGCACCACUGGUUGUAGAGCUCAUGAAGAGAAAUGAUGCUAACAGCAACAAUAAUAACAACAACAACAACAACCACAUUCAAAAAAUGGAAUCAGCUACAGGGUUCAACAGUCCAGCGGGCGCAAACAGUAAUAACCAUAACAAUAAUGCUGAAGAUUUGUAUCCUGAUGAAGAGGAAGAUGGUGGGACAGAAAUUGCUUUUGUUCUGGAUGGAUCUGGGAGUAUUGAGGCAGACGAUUUUCAGAGGGCAAAAGACUUUAUCUCAAAUAUGACGAAAAAUAUAUGGGAAAAUUGUUUUAGUUGUGGAUUUGCCAUUGUACAAUACGGAGACGAGAUACAAACUGAACUUACCCUGAAUGAAAACAAUGAUACUGAGUCUGUACUGAAAAAAGUUCAGGAUAUAAAGCAACUUGGAAACGUCACGAAAACUGCAUCAGCUAUCCAGCAUGUGCUUGAUAACAUUUUCAUUGAGGAAAAGGGAUCACAAAAGAAUGCAAGGAAGAUUAUUAUUGUAAUCACAGAUGGAGACAUAUUUCGGGAUCCGCUGGAUAUAGAAGACGUCAUGAAAUCACCUAAAAUGACAAACGUCACUCGCUUUGCUAUAGGGGUUGGAAAGGUAUUUGAAACUCCAGAAGUAAGAGAGUUGCUGUAUAAGAUUGCUUCGGAUCCAGAUGAAGAACAUGUAUUUAAAGUGGAUAACUACACCGCUUUGGAUGGUCUGCUUGCAUUGCUAGAAAAAAGCAUCACAGGAAUUGAAGGGACACAAAAGGGAACUGCUUUCCUGUUUGAGAUGGCACAAGCUGGCUUCAGUACUCAGUUUGCAGCUGAUGGAACCGUUCUGUUGGGUGCUGUGGGAGCCUACGACUGGAGUGGCGGAUUAAUCUUAAAAAGUCAAACUGACGGCAGCGUAAGGUUUCUGAAUGAGUCAUCGGCAACAGCAGCCAAAUACUCCUACUUAGGCUACAGUGUAGUUGCUGUGAAGGGAACAAGUGGCAAUCUGUUUGUGUCUGGAGCCCCUCGUCACAGCCUCACAGGGAGGGUGCUGGUGUUCGGUGGAGACACGUAUGAAAUUAGGCAAAAUCUAUCAGGAACCCAGGUUGGUUCCUAUUUCGGCUCAGAGUUGUGUGCUCUAGAUGUGGAUCGGAAUGGCAUAACAGACUACCUACUGGUCGGGGCUCCGUUCUUUCACAUACGCGGAGAGGAAGGGAAGGUUUAUGUGUACAAACUUAACAAUGAUGACAUGUUUGAAGAGCCACAGCUGCUACAGGGAAUGGAGGGCUAUGAUUUCGCAAGGUUCGGCAUUGCCAUCAGCAACAUAGGCGACGUUGAUCGCAAUGGAUACAAUGACAUUGCAAUAGGAGCCCCCCUUGAAGUGGACUCCCCUGGAUCCUCUGGCAGUGUCUACAUUUAUAACGGCUUCAGCGAUGGCAUUAGGAUGAAGCAAUCCCAGAGAAUUGCGGCUGUUGAUGUCAAUGUAGGACUCAAGUAUUUUGGCCAAUCAGUUGAUGGAAUGACAGACCUCAAUAAUGAUAGCUGGAUUGAUAUCACAGUGGGGAGCCUCGGGACGGUCACUGUGUUUCAAUCUUUGGUUGUCGUUAAUAUCACUGCUGUUGUGAAAUUCGAUCCUGAAAGGAUUCCUUUGUCUUACCAAAGUAGCAUGAACAAACCAAGCGACCCAGCAAACACAGUCGGGUUAAAAAUAUGCUUUCAAACCAAGUUAGACUGGAAAACCUUUGGACACGCUGGACUGGCUAUUGAAUACAAUGUGUACGUGGACACUGAGAAAGAGAAUAAACGGAUGAAGCUGGCUGAUAGAGAGUCACAAACCACAACUUUUAAGAUUACAGAGAAAGCAGAGUGUUUACAGCAACUCACCCUGCAGUUCUUGGGCUGCCAUGAUGACUGCUUUUCACCUAUAGCGAUCAAGGUUAAUUUCACUCUCCAAAACAGCUCUGCUGAGCCCCCGCAUGGAAUUCUCAAUGCUUUCAUUGACAAUGAAAACAUCGCACAGCUUCAUUUUGAAAACAACUGUGGAAAAGAUAUGAAAUGCAUUCCUAAUUUGUCCUUAUCAACAAACUUGACAAAUGAUCUCACUCUGAUUGUCGGUGGCAAUAAGGAGAUGGUUAUAGCUUUUAAUUUGCAGAACUCAGGGGAAGACGCCUACAUGACAACUAUGGAACUGAUAUAUCCCAGCAUUCUGCAUUACAACAAGAUCUCUUUGUUUCAGGAAAAUACAGGUACUUCCUGUGAAGAUCCUGAUUCAUUAGGACCUUCGUUAACGAGAUUACGUUGUAAAAUAGGAUUCCCGGUAUUCAGAAAACAGUCACAUAAAAACUUCACCAUCUCUUGGCAAUUAGAUUCUAUGAAAUCUGAGAAGAAUGUAGCACUGAUAAAUAUCAGUGUUAGCUGUAAAAAUGAUGGCCUGAAUCUUCUUGUGCAAGAACACCACAGGAUUUCUGUGAAACAUUCCCUGAAAAUGAGUCUAACAGGGGAGGCCAGUCCCUUGUUUCUGAAUAUAACUGAAGACAUGAAAAGCAAUAAACACCCACUGAAAUACGUAUUCAAGAUAAAUGGUGAAAACCAUUUUGGCGCUGAAGUUAAAGUAAACAUAUCAAUUCCUUUGAAGAGACAAAGUGGUAGAAAAUUAACCAUCACGAAAGUCCAUUCCACAAAGAACAGCACACAUUGUACCUGGCAAACAAUCUCGCAAACAGACGUGCACACUACUGAUUGCACUGUUAGAGAUGAAGAGGAGGACAUUACUAUUGAGGCUGAACUGUUUAUUGAUGUUGAAAAGAUGAUUGUGGAUAAGAUAAAGGCUACUGCUGUUCUUGGUUUUGAUAAAGAUUGGUAUGUCACAGAAGAAACGGAUCAACACAUUAAAGAGGUGUCUGUCACUAUUGGUAAGCUGACAGCGUAUCAACCCAUGGGCUUGAUUAUUGGGAGCUCCAUUGGAGGAUUUGUGAUUCUGGCAAUUUUGGUUUUUAUCCUGUUUAAAUGUGGCUUUUUCAAGAGAGGUUACAAGCAGAACCUUCCAGAAGAGGAAAAAUGAUCGAGAGGAAGGAAGCCGUCCUAAAUGUGUAUCUCUGCCAUGAAAAGAGUUACGAAGCAGAGGUUCUGAAGCAGAUACAAACCCUGUCCAGUACAGUUUGUACAGGCAUUUUCACAGAACAUGUUUAUCCUGCUCCAAAUUUCUACUCAAUGUAUCACAAUAUCCAUUCGAUUGGUUUCUCUUUAAAAUGAUGCAGUUAGUUUCUAAAGUUCAAACAAGUAUAGCGCCUUCUCCCUUGCAUUACUGUCAGCAGGUUGUAAUUGUUUUAAUACAGUAUUUUAUUUUCAUUUUAUACUUUUUUUUCUAUAAUCUUGACACUUUGCACAUAUGAAGCAUAUUAUUAUGGUUGAGUGUGAAAAUGUUCAUAGGAAUACAUAUUCUUUGAAUUGACUCUAAAUGACAUAAA